UGAGAGUAAUAAGAGGAAGCGAAAGAACUAAAGUUGACGAAAGUGACGAAGAGGAAGAACGAAUCCACAAGUGACAGACUCUGAGUUAUCGAAUCAAAAUCGAACUCGCGAUUAGCAUGGCGACAAACAUUGGUAGACCAAACUACCGCUUUCUCCCAAUCAUCGACAGAGAUUCACUCUCCGAUUCCGCCUUCGAAUUCGACGAAUCUGACCUCUACAACUCUGCACGCGCUAACUCUCCCGAAUUUCGCAAAUCCGUUCGCGCCUCUCGAUUCCAUAAUAACUCUUCUUCCUCCCGUGGCCGCGUCGGUGCUCCGGCGUCGCUGCCGGUCAACGUGCCGGACUGGUCAAAGAUAUUGGGCGACGAGUACAGACAGAGCCGGAGGAGGAACUACGACGACGACGAAGCAGCGAGCGAUGAAGAAGAUGGAGUUGGGAGAGUGCCUCCGCACGAGUUUCUCGCCAAGACGAGAAUUGCUUCCUUCUCCGUGCAUGAAGGAGUUGGGAGGACUCUCAAAGGACGCGAUCUCAGUAGAGUUCGAAACGCGAUUUGGGCCAAAACCGGCUUCCAAGACUAGACACGCACCCUAGGACCGUAGUUUAAUUGUUACUAAUUUACUAUUACGAAAUGAGAUUUAUUGGCAGAUCUUUUAUAGAUUUUCCAUUUUGCGGACUAUUAUUUUUGUUUUCGGAUCAUCACCUAUGUAACAAUUAGAUCGGAAUAUGAGAUUUUAAUUCGCAUAGAGAGAGGUUUCUUCUUAAUAAUUUAUCAUCGUUCCUUAUCCAACUACAUGUUUUUUUUAUAACAAAAUUCAGAUACAAUACCAUGAGUACUAUUAAUAUUGUUUU